AUGAUGUCCUUCCAAUUCCACGACCUCAUGUGCUACAACAUGUCCUUCGGCAAGAUCAACACCAACAAGAUGGGCGGAUUUCCUGGACUGGUUAUCCAGCUGGCCUGGGUCCAGAUCACCUGUAAAGGAAAGUGGAAAACCACGGGGUCAGUGAGCUGGCUGGUCGUAGGAGAUGGCACCAUCACUGCGCAAACGGAUGAGACGAAGAAUAACCACGCAACAGUUGGAUUCUACCUGGUUGCGCACCAGAGGCCUAACGUAUACGACUGGGUCUAUUCCACUACUUGCAAAGCAGACCUGAACUUCCAGAUCUCCUUGUCUGGGGGUGUGGCAGCCUAUAUCACCGACAAGCUGAUGGGUUAUUUUAGCGGUACUUUGAGUGAGAUCAUCAAGGGCCAGAUCGAACGGAAGGUCUGCGGCGUUAUGGAGAAGCAAGUGGAGCCCCAGCUCAGCCAGCAGCUCCAAAAGCUCAACACGCUGCUUCUCCCUCCCCUGGACAUGAAUGCCCCAGACCGACUCCAAGAACGCCGGUUGGAGGAAAACAGCAGCUCCGAGCCCACACUCCAAGUCACAGAUACAAACGCCAGCUCCUCCGAGCCGGUUUUGCCAGACCAUGGGGAUGUAGACGAUCGACCAGCUGGUCCUGGCAUAGUGGACUGGACCAACACGCAGGCCCUGGAAUGGGCCAGCUGGAUCAGCACCGAGGUACUUCCGCCCGAUGCCAUCCAUGAGCUCUCGCGGUGGGCGCUGCAAGGUGCAGAAGACAUGCACUUGAACCUUGCUGGGCUUCCCCACAUGGAGCACGGCUUCGUGGUGGACCAGGCAGCUGCGGGUCUCCGCUUGGGAGCCACAGCAACACUCGAGGAGAUCGUAGUCCACGGCGCGCAGAGCCUGAAGGCCUACUCCAUGGAGGCUGUGAGCCCCACCGAGCUUCAGUUUUCUGCCGAGUUCGGCACGGAGGAGCAGCCCAAAGUGGGCUUUUCUGCAACUAUGCUGGUGCGCCUUCAGGCGCAGGACACGGAGGAUUGGUGGCGCCAUGAUGCUGUCUCUUCUGUGGAAGAAAGGAUGAGCUUCCGUGUGGCUUUCCUGCGGCCCCGUGCACGAGUCCAGGCGCGGCUGCUCUGCAAAGACGAUCCAACAACACCACUCUACACUGCCAGCCAAUGGUUUUGGGAUCCCGUCCACUGCUCCAGGAGCCUCUUCGUGGAGGCGCCCACCAUAGAAAAGCAGAAUCUGACCUUCGCCGGCCUGGCCGAACCUCUGUCGUGGACGCCCUUGACUCAAGGUGUUCUGGAACAUGACUUGUCGACGCUUUUCAACGAGCUCGUCGCUCUCUUCAACACCUUGUACGAGGAGCACCUGCCUGAGGCCCUGAUGCGCUUGGGAGGCAGCCAAAACGGCCUCGAGGCGGUGAACAAAGUGCUGGCGCAUCUGGCUUCGCCCACCAAGUGCAUGGAUCUGAGCAACGCGAACCACAGAACACAGGGACGGUAUGGCGAAGAGUUCUCUGACUGGCCAAAGCUGCUGACUUCACAGUUGAAAGACUGGAUGGACAACAUGGUCACUGGCUUCCUUGAAGCCAAUGAGACUUCAGUGUUGAAGUUUGUCUCGAACAUGCCAGCCAUCUCUGCCGGGCCUUUCACCAAGCUUCGCCUAACAGACAUGGGCGUGAGCGGAACCAACCAGAUCACAGAUGCGCGCUUCAUGGUGCCGAAUGCACAUGCGCCCGAGACCCUAGGAUUCUACAUGACCACUGGCUGCCCGCACGGUGAGAAGUCAUACAGUGCCACGUUGGCCAUGAGGCUGGCCGCCGAGACUCCACCAGGUGAGGCGCUCGUGGAGGUGGAUGCCCCCUGUGGCACUUUCGAAAUGGUUCUGAACGUGAGCCUAGAUACGAUGAAGACGGCCAAUAUGCUCGUGCCCCCAACGCUGUUCUGCACGUUGUUGACACCCUUCAAGACGCUGAAGGUGGAGGAUCUGAAGCUGGUCUUCGAAUCUACGGGCGAGGUUCGGGUGACGCUGGGAUCGACUUCCCACAAGCCAGUUCAGGAGCUCUGGGCGCUCUACCCGCAGCUAUCUGCUGCAGUCCAUGCGAUGCUUCAGUCGCUGGCGAGCGCGGAGAACUUAACCGAGGUGCUAGAAUUCUUGCACCAGGAGGCUGUGAGGGAGUGUGAUGCAAAGGCGGAGCGGAGGCUAACCGCCAAGAAGAGUGGGUCCAAGAGCGUCGACGCCCUUGGUAUCAGCUAUGAUGAGGGCUUCAACCCUGUGGUCUGGCUGGCCUCCUUACUGGGUGGCCUCGCCGCUGCUGCGCUGGUUCUGGCCGCGGUCGUGUGGCAGGCCGGCAGGCAAAAGGUCUCCGCUUCCAAACCCUUGGGUGUGCAUUGCUGGCUCGCAGCCCGGGGCAACGCCCGCUGGAUGGUUGUUGCCGUCUGCACGAUGCUAGCCUUCUCCGUGAUCCUGCGAAUAGUCGCGUGCAGCCUGCCAUACACAUCCCUGACGAUGAGCAUGUUCUACACGCCCAGCAGGCUGGAACUUGACAGCCAGACGGUUGCCACCUUCACUUACUGGGGGUUGGCGCUUCAGUUCAAAGCAGGAGGAGGUAGCAUUAUCUUCAUCAAGUUUGUGCUGACCUCUCUUGCCUGUGGCAUGGUUUCUUGCGCCCUCCUGGCCUUGCCGUGGUUGCUUGGGCUGAGCUUUCCCGCACAGCACGUGCUGAUCCGAGUGGCAAUUUGGAUAGGCAGACUGCCGUUCCAGGAAUCCCAAACUCUGGCGAACGCUGCCUUGUCCAUGAACGCAAACUUGGCUUUGCCGAUGGAUGCGGAAAGCCAGAUGAGGAUGCUGCCUCUUGUUGGGCCCUUCGUUGCGAUCACGGCCUGCCUUCUCUGCCUCGGCGCUGGUGUGGUCAUGGCCCUGUCGUUGCCGCAGCGAUCUGCGAAAACAACGGAGUCUCCGGAUGACAAGCAGUGGGCUUUGCCCGAUUUAGCGCUGUGCUCCGGCAUCCUCACCGGAACCUUCAUCUGGCUGUUCUUCUCCUUCCUCUCGGUGGGCUUCCAGGGCCUGGCUGGCAUGGUCUUGGCGCCAGGGACCUACUCCGGCAUGGACCUGGGAGCCUACAGCCCAGGGUUGAAGAGCGUUUUGUUGCUGCAGACAGUCGUGGCGCCGGUGGGUCAGGCAAUCUUUGUGGCCUUGCGCGCGAUUGAGCUUGUCUCAGAGCGUUGGCGACCGCUGGAGGAGCUCUGUAUGAGCCUGAAUACUCUGGACGUCUUCGCGAUUGUGUUCCUGUUCUCUUUCGUUGAAAACGUCGAUGGCUUCACGACCUCCUUCGUCAGUUCAAACUUUGCAGACAUCGCCGCGAACGUUCGGAAGCUUUUUGGGAUGCCAGCUGUCGGAGUGGACGUGGCCGUGGUGGAGAUGGGGACAGUGGGUCUCUGCAUUGCAGCAAUAUGCACAUUGGUGCUCUACAUCCGUUCUUCGAUGUACUUCCACACGUUUGUGCCCAAGGUGGUGGCCAGGAGAGAUGUGGAAGACUCAACUGUCGCAGUUGAGCUGCAGUGA